AUAUUGUAUCAGUACUAUUAUCACAACAUUUUUGGGAACAACCAUUUAGAUUUCAUUUUUAUCGACUUUUUAUUUAUAUAAAUAGUGUAAACAAUUUGUAUAACAACUUUCUCAUUAUGUCUCAUUAUAUAUACUUUAGACUAAUUCUAAGUUCUCAUACUUUCUGAUACAUUCAUUUACUUGUAAACGAGAACGAUUGCAGUCAUAUGAUGUUUGUUUACAUCACCUUGUAUUUAAAGAAUUUGGAACAGUGGUAAAUAAUAAUUGACAGCAAUGCAGACUAAUAUGUCUGUAACACCGCGGAUUUUUACCGCAAUACAAAAUGUAGACAUACAAGAAUUGUCACUUUGUUCUCAUAAAGAAAUUCGACCAAUUUUACCAUGUUUGGUUAGGAUGAGUCUGAUCUCUCCUUUAGAUAUAACGAAAGAUUGUGUAGAAGAAAGAAAGCAAGUUUUGACAAUUUUGUCAGGAAUUGAGUCGGUGAACUCGAUAAUUGCGUUGCUUUCGAUUGAUUUUCAUGCAUUGGAGACUGAUGUUCGAAAAGAGCAACAAUUGAGGCAAAAAUUAGGUAGUUUACAACGCGAUAGUGUCCUUGCUCAGUCAUUGCAGAGUGGUCUCGCUUUGGAAUUUGAACGCAGUGAGUCUACUAGAAGAAUAAGGCUAGUUUUAAGCGAAUUGUUAUACAUUGCCUGUCAAGUACAAGAGCAGCAGAAGAAUCAGGAAUUCCAAAUCAAACAAUCUGAUCUAUUUGAUAAUGCAGUAUACAUGGAAGAGAUCAGUUAUGUGAUUUGCAUUGCCCUUGCUGAAUUACCAACAUUGUUAUCAAUAUUAGAUAUUACUGAAACAUUAUUACAUGUUAAACAUGGUCCAGAAAUAAUCUGCUGGAUAGUUGCAAAUAUUCCUGAUAGUUUUAAUGAAGUAUGUGCUCAUUUAAUUGCCAAUGGAGAAAAACAAGAAGAAUCGACAUUGGGCAGGAUUAGAACAAUGGCUUUGACUAUGUUGUGUCAGAUGAAUCCGAGUCAAGCAUUGGCAGUAAGAGCCAAGUGUGUGGAGCUUUGUAGAAUGCCUGCUUUAGCAAUUACAUUAAGUUUGGAACAUGAUAGUAUAGAUAAUGCUUUAUCAGAAAGUGAUAUUGUUGCGUUUGUAUCAGGAUUACUGCUUGGUAGUGAUCAACAAGUAAGAACAUGGAUUGCAAUGUUUAUUAGAAAUGGUCAGAAACGCAAAUGGGAAUCACAUACUGCAUUACAAUCUUUAAGAGAAGAACUACUCAAAAGGCUGCAAAGAAUUACUUCCCAAAAUGCAGGUCAAUUAGCAGAGAGUCAAGUAGUUCAAGCCAGUGCAUUAUUGCGACUUUAUUGUGCAUUGAGAGGUAUUGGAGGUAUUAAAUUUCAAGAUGACGAAGUAGCAAUGAUUGUUCAGUUGUUGACAUCUCAUCCUCCUCCAUCACCAGCUGGUGUAAGAUUUGUUUCUUUAGGUCUUUGUAUGCUUAUCGCGUGUUCAUCAUUGAUAGGGCAUCACAAUCUUGAAAAACGUAGCAUAGAAUGGGUGCAAUGGCUUGUCCGUGAGGAAGCUUACUUUGAAAGCGCUAGCGGCGUGACGGCCAGUUUUGGAGAAAUGUUACUUUUAAUGGCUAUACAUUUUCACAGUAAUCAACUAUCAGCUAUCUGUGAACUUGUAUGUGCAACUUUAGGGAUGAAAAUACCGAUACGACCAAACAAUCUAACUAGAAUGAAGCAAAUAUUUAUGCAGGAGAUAUUUACAGAGCAAGUUGUUACUUCUCACGCUGUAAAGGUGCCAGUAACAGCUAAUUUAAAUGCAAACAUUCCAGGAUUUUUACCUGUUCAUUGUAUUCAUCAGUUAUUAAAAUCGCGAGCAUUUGCAAAGCAUCGAGUACCGAUAAAAAAUUGGAUUUACAGACAGAUUUGUAAUAGUGUGCCACCAUUACAUCCAGUUCUUCCUGCUUUAGUUGAAGUAUACGUCAAUUCGAUUUUAGUAUUAAAUAAUAAAACAUCAGAACACACAAACAAGCCAAUUAUGGAAGGAGAAAUUAGAAGAGUAUUUCAAAAUAGUGUUUUUGGGGCAAACUUUGACUUUAAAAAAAGUACUAUUAAUGUACCUCAAUGCGAAAUAGAUAAUACAGAUAUAGAUAUUCCAAAACCUUCUCUUACGUCGCAAUUAUUGCUACUGUAUUAUUUGCUAUUGUAUGAGGAUGUCAGAUUAGCCAACAUGCACACAUUUAUAUCACAGGAUAGAAAAGUUAAAUCCUAUUCAACUGAAUUUCUGUCGGAGUUACCAAUAAAAUAUCUACUUCAGUUGGUUCAAAGAGAUCAAAUGAACUAUGCUGGCUUGUUUUCUCCUCUUCUUAGACUACUGGCAACUCAUUUUCCUCAUCUUUCGCUAGUAGAUGAUUGGCUUGACAAUGAGAUGAUUAACAUAGACUCUACAAUUACAAACUAUGAGAACGUAAAAAUUACCGAUAUCAUGAUCAUCGAAACAUUUUCACAUAUCCAAACAUGUCCUUCAAGAACAGGAAGGCUUUUAAGACAAUUAAUGUCAAUGAAACCAACCGAUAUAUGGCCUCAUGCAGAAGUUAUAAUUUACUAUUUUAAGGCAACUUUAAACUUAAGAGUUCCUAGAUAUAUUCAAGAAUUAUACAAACAAGUAUGGCUCAGGUUAAAUACGGUGUUACCGAGGUGUUUAUGGGUUUUGUCUAUAAAUUCGCUAUUAAUAGAGAAUUCCAUUGUAAAGAAUGUUUUUUUAACGCAAGAAAACAUUGUGUUAGAUCCAUUACAAGUUUUACGAUGCGAUACGAGAGUUUUUAGAUGCGCUCCAAUUUUAUCCAUUAUUUUAAGAAUUUUGCAAGCUGCAUUAGCGGCUUCCCGAUCACAGUUAUCUAGGCAUGUACAAGAUAAACCAUUGACCGAAAAAACUGGUCAGCUAUCGAGUGAAACGGAAAGAGAAGAUUUAAGAACAGCUUUAGUGGCAGGUCAAGAAAGUGCAGCCGUGCAAAUAUUAUUAGAAGCAUGCUUAGAAACGGAAGAAGAUAGAGAAACUCCUGGACAAAUGUGGUCGCUAAGAGAGAUUCAAAGUAUUAUUUGUUCGUAUUUGCAUCAAGUGUUUAUAGCAGAUCCGUCUUUGGCUAAAUUGGUUCAUUUUCAAGGAUAUCCAAGAGAAUUGUUACCCAUUACUGUAACUGGUAUUCCAUCUAUGCAUAUUUGCCUUGACUGGAUUCCUGAAUUAUUAUCUCAACCGGAACCAGAAAAACAAAUAUUUGCCGUGGAUUUAGCAUCACACCUAGCAAUUCAAUACGCUCUACCAAAGGCUCUAAGCGUUUCACGUUUAGCAAUUAAUACUCUUGUAACACUUUUAGGAGUAUUGUCCGCUAAAGAUCGUGUUAUUUUAUUCAUGCCUGUAUUACCAGCUUUAACACGUAUAUGUUUAGCUUUUCCACCAUUAGCCGAAGACACUACUGGCUUACUGUUACAGCUUGGCAGAGUUAAUUCCGCUCAAGCAGCAUUAGGAGAUAAAUCUGCAGAUACUUUAUGUCAAGAAGUUACUGAAACAUUUUGUAUGUUGUUACAAAAAGCAAUAUUACAAUCACAAGUAUACUGAAAGUAACCUUAUAUAUGCCAUGUGUUAAUUAUGGCGUUAAUGUUUUAUUAAAUUUUAUUACAUUUGAACACCGGUUAUCGGUAUACGACAAAGAACUGAACUUUAGGACUAUAUUCUACUAAUUGUAAUACUAAUAAACAAUCACAUAAA